UAUGUGAAAUGCUUCACUAAAUUUCUGCCGUUGAUAGCAGCAGGAUUGCUCGUACAACAACUCAUCAAAAAAAACAACACCUCAACGGUGGCUUCCCAGUUGAAAGAGUUUUACUUCAGCUUCGCCCAUUCAUGGAUUCAGCUCAGUGGACGCAAAUAAAUUGAAUUGAAAAAAAGACAACAAUAACAAAAAUAAAGGAAAUAUUUAGAAUAUAAAAAAAAGUCUGCAUCGCGUUGCAAUGGUCGAGAUGGAUGUCAGGACAGGUGGAUUUAAGGAGGGAAAAAAGGUUCCUCAGUAUGUCGCUGCACUCUCAGCGUGCCUCGGUGCUGUUGCGGCCGGCGCAGUUAUGGGAUGGUUAUCAAAUAUAUCGGAGGGAUUGGAAGAUGGUGAUUACAAUAACAUUAUAAUUGAUGAUACCGGGAAAAGUUGGAUCGGAUCCCUCAUGAAUAUUGGUGCAAUGAUCAUGUGCUUUCCCAUCGGCUUCAUCUGCGAUAAAAUCGGAAGGAAAAUUGCGAUGCUUCUCCUGAUCAUUCCAUUCAUGCUCGGCUGGUUGAUCAUCAUCUUCGCAACAAAUAUAGAGAUGCUGUACGCCGGCCGCUUUAUCACUGGCCUGAUUUGCGGAGCGUUCUGCAUUUCAGUUCCGUUGUACACCAGCGAAAUCGCGCAAAAGGAGGUCAGAGGAGCUCUGGGCAGUUACUUUCAGCUCCUCCUAACAGUUGGAAUAUUGUUCGCUUAUGUGAUGGGCUAUGCUGUCAACCCAAAGACGCACACCUUAAUAUGUGCAUGUUUGCCCUUGUUGUUCGGUAUCAUUUUCUUCUUCCAACCUGAAUCACCUGUUUAUUGCAUCAAAAAGGGCAAACUGGAUGAAGCUAGAAAAUCGUUGAUAAGACUGAGAGGCAAAGAUUAUGAUGUCGAAGCCGAAAUUAAGGAGAUCACUUUUAUGCUCGAAGAAAAUAACGGCACUACGAUACCAUUCAAGGAAUCGAUCAAGAAGACGGCGACAAAGAAGGCCGCUAUUAUAGCUUUCGGUAUGAUGUUUUUCCAGCAGUUGAGCGGUGUGAACGCUGUUAUCGUCUACACUGGAGAUAUCUUUUCCGCCGCAAAUAGUUCACUCACUUCCAAAGAAGCUACGAUGAUCGUUGGAACAAUGCAGGUUCUUGCAACAUUCGUCUCUUCGCUGGUCAUAGACAAACUAGGCAGGAAAAUUCUUAUGAUCGGCUCCGAUAUUUUCAUGGCCAUUUCUGCUAUCAUGUUAGGUGUUUACUUCACUAUACAAGAUACAACGGAAGGCAUUGGCUUCUUGCCGAUCUUCGCUAUGUGCCUAUACAUCGUCGUCUUCUCGCUGGGUUACGGUCCGAUACCUUGGAUCAUUUCCUCCGAGGUGUUUCCUGCAGAAAUCAAGACUGUGGCCAGUUCGGCUGCCGGUACCUUCAACUGGUUCCUAGCCUUCAUCGUAACCAAAUUCUACUUUGAUCUAAAAGUUGCUAUUGGUAACGACGGUACGUUCUACAUGUUCGCAGGAAUUUCAGUAAUAGGUACUCUAUUCAUCAUUUUCUUCGUACCUGAAACCAAAGGCAAGUCCUUCGAUGAAAUUCAAAGGAUAUUGAGCGGCGAAAAAGUUCAUCAAUCCGAGGGCAUCGAAAACAAAGGAUACUCUACCUAAAUUAUUUAUUAUUUAUUUCUUUCUUAUUAUUAUAUUAAUAAUAUUUUAUAUUAAGUUGUAUAUAUGUUAAGAUUAUCUAAUGCCUUUAUGAUGUGAUAUUAAACAUUUUGCUAUCUUUAA